GUUUUCUCUUUGCUUGGUUAGGUUUCCGUUAUUGUGCAUUCAAUUAGUUGGGGUUUUUCCAUUCAUCCUCGCUCUCGUUAAUAUAGCGGGAUGUAAUUGAACAGCUGACCGUUGGCACAACUGUGAAGCAGUCGGAGCAAGAACAGAAGUCCUGUAGCAUAAACCUUUGAACACGUCAUCUCAUUUUGUUUACGAAUUAGGAUUCAAAAAGCUAGUGGCACUGUAAAAGGAUGACAGCUACUGGAAAACCACGUCGGGAAUCUGCUAAAAUAUGCCUUCAGGCCAUUGAUGGAAUAACAACUCAAGAAGACUUUGAUGAUAGUUCCAUUUCUGAAAACAUCGAAAGUGAAGCGUCCGAUUAUGUUGCUGAAAGUGAAAACAAUGACGUUUCCACAGACGACAGUGAUUUUAGUAGCGAAAAUGAAGCUGAUGUGUCUGGUGAUUUGAAAAAUCCAUCAUCAACCUCAUCACCAACAGGAUCUGUCAUUGAAGAACCACUUCCUAGACCAUUGUCCAUAAAAUCUCGCCGUUCUGGUUUAAAUGACAAAACUUAUUUAAGAUCUCCAUUUGUAAGAUAUAUGAGAGCAUGCCGAGGACGUAUAGAUCGUGAUCCCAAGUCUAUAGCUCCUGUGAAAUUCCAACAGGCGAUAGAAGCAUUAAAAUUCACGUUCCGUAAUAUACCAAACCCAUUUUUGUGUUGUCCCAGCGGACAUAAACCACAGUUCAUAUGCCGGCAAAAUGCUCUGUUCCCAACAUCAGGGGCAUGGAUAAGAACACCCAUCCACGUUAAGAAAGACUACCUACCUGAGCCAUAUAUCAGCCCUAUAUAUCUAUCUGGUCAAAUGAACCGAAUCAAAUUAAAACGGUUCGAAUUUGAUAAUGAUUCCAAUUUGGUUUAUGUUGGAGGGGAGGUGACUUGUUUAUCCUGGUGUCCUCCACGUCUGUCUUCUCUACUGGAAUCUGAUAUAAUUAGAGAUGAGUGUUCUUUUCUCGCAACAGCUUCAAUUCUAACACCGGAUUCACAUACACUGUAUUCUGAUGAUAUGAAAAGUGGUGCAGGGACAAUACAGAUAUGGAAUUGUGGAAUUCUGGGUUUAACAAAAGUAUCAAGUAACUUAAAGCCUGAAAUUCACUUUAUUAUUACACAUGAUUGGGGUCGAGUAAUUGAUAUGUGUUGGGUGCCAGUUUCACCCUUUUCAGGUAUUAAAGAAUUAAAGGCAAAAGCUUGUCUACAUGGAUCAUAUAUGACAACUAUUCGAGAGGUAGAGAGAGUUCUUGGUCAUUUGAUUGUUGCCUGUCAAGAUGGCUUUAUUCGCGUGUUGUCUAUACCAACUUGUCCUAUGAAUUUUGGAUGUGAAAAUUCAGCAGCUUCAGCAUUUACUUAUACACCAACAAAAUACUCCUAUCUUACAUUAUCUCCUUCUAUGUCAGAAAAUCCUCAUUGGUUAGGCUGGCCAACUUGUUUACAUAUUCGUCGUGAAUUUCCUGAUCGUCUAUUUGCUGGUUAUACAACAGGUUAUGUAUGCUGUUAUAACUUGAGUAGUCUUAAUGAAUUAGUCUAUUCUCCAAAGUACAAUCACUUAGCACCAGUGAAAAUGUCUCGUUUGACUAAUAGUCCAGUCACAUCAAUAUCACUUCAUCCUUUAAACGGGAAAAUGUUGUUUGUUCAAGGCUUAGAACGUAUAGCUGGUAUAUGGGAUUUAAAUGAUUCCGUAUGCUUUACAUCAGAAUCUGGAGAAAUCACUUGGAAACCAGUGCAUGGUUUUAUGGGACGUGAAGCUAUGUGGAUAAGUAACGGGGAAUUCUUAGUUAGUUCACGUGAAACAUGGUUUACAUCAGCAAUAUGCAAAACUAAUCAAUAUCCAAAAUGGGCUGCAUUAUUUGAUAAUAUGGAUAAUUGUAUAUGCCAAUUUUUACCAUCUGAACCAAAUGAAGGUUGUAGUCAUUUAGUACCACUUGGAAUUCAAUCACUUACAAGUGUAGAUUUCAGUGAUGCUCUCAAUGCUGUGAUUUGUAGUACAGACAGGGGGCGUAUCGAAGCAGUUGCUGAAUCGGUAGAAAAGCGUAAAUGUGAUCCAGCUCGUCCAAAGUAUAUUCCUGAGAUGAGAAUACCAAUAUGUCAGUGGAUUAUUAAUAAACGCCCCCCUGAAACUAUUCAUCAACGCAUAAAACCUGAAGAGAAAUAUGAAGAGGUAACAACAGUUGACAAUGAACAAGGAGAUUUCAAUAAAUAUGAUUAUAAUAUCAUAGAUAUUACAUCUUUCUUUGAUGAAAAUCAAUUCGAUUGUAUACCGUCAACAUCCUUUUCAUCUUCUCCUCCUCCGACUCCUCCACCAUCUCUGGCUAACUUUUCAAUUACCAGUGUUGAUUAUAGUAAUAAUACCACUGUGUCUGCUGCUGCUGUUGCUGCUCCCGCUACUUCACCAGAGAAGAUGGUUGUUAAAAAGACUGACGACAAUGUUUGUGAUGGUGAUGAUGAUGAUAAUGUCAAUGAUGAAGAACUUCGUCAGUCAAUUUUCCCAUCACCUGACUGUGAACACUGUGAACUGGAACAAUCUAUUUGUUGGCAUAAACUAUGGGCUAAUUAUGAAUUACAAAUUAUGUUAAAGUCUAUCUCAGAAUAUCAUCCAUUGUCUGUUCACAUCCACUUAGAAUCAAACUAAUUGUGAAAAAAAUAGGACUUCAAGUGAACCUAGAGAAGAUGCAGGUAAUAAAGAUAACCAACCAACCAACAACAACAAGCACUAAUCACUACCAACGGAAAAAAUUUAAACAAGCUCACUUAUUUGGUCAGCAUCGUUUUAACUACAGUCGGCACGAAUGACGAUGUCAAAACCAAAAUCUGAAAGGCAAGGUCAAGGUAAACCUUCAUCACUCUGAGAUCAGUUUAGAAAUCUUCUGCACUCAGCAUGCGCAGAAAGAGAUUUGGAUUUUUUUCAUACCAAUGUUAGGUGAAUCAGUUAUUUUUAAUGUGUAUCGGAAGCUUGGCACUCAUGUCACGAAAAGCACUUCAAACAGCCCGUAGUAGAAUUUUGUCAACGCCCCCCCUUCGCUGGCUCCAUACCAAAGAUCUAAUAGCCAGAAAUAAUUAACAACAAGAAAUUCUGGAAAUGUGCCAACCAAGAACCUAUUUCUCAACAGAUAUAUGGAAGAAAAUGCAGAUGGAUCGGACACACGCUGAGGAGACUGUUGAAUGAGAUCACGUUGCAGGCCGUCGCUCGUGUGAAACCCGAAUGGGAAACGACGAGUUGGGCGUUGGUCCAGAGAUGAUAUGAAGAGGAGAUGAAAGCUAAUUGUCAAUCGUGUGGUCAGAUAAAAAAGACUUCAGAGAACAAUGUGAAAUGAAGAUAUACUGUUGCAGCCUUAUAUUUUCCACUCCAAAGCUAAGGGGAGAAUAAUAAAUAUAAAGAAUACGUAUGCGUCUUGACAAGUACUUUGGUCUAAUGAGUGGUAACUACUUCUCUGUUUCAAAACAUUCAACAGAACGUACCUUGUAAAUAAUCACUAAUAUAUGAAAAAGCUAACGAUAUUCUCCUCUCAUUUUUUUCAAAUUUAAGCCCAAGUAAGCCUGAAACACAUAAAAGUUAAGAGAUAUUGGAUUUAUGCUAGAGUCGAUAUCAUCUAGAUACGCUUAGAUUUCAUUAAUCAGCAGCUGAAAGUCAAGUGUCCGUGCCAACCUAACAAAACAACUCAACUGAUCUUUGAAAUUUCACAUUUUGCCUCUUUUUGAUAGCUGGUUACG